AUGGACCUGGUCGAGCGGAGAUGGGGCGGACCGGAGGCCUUUCUGGCAAAGAAUGCCGAACUCUUCAGGAGUCCAAAGGCCAGUGAGAGAAGGGACGUGGCUUUUGACACCCUUGUUGAGCAAACAGGUGGCAGGUCUACUGUCUCACAACUGCUGAACGUGGUCGCCGAUGCUGGCGGUUUUCAACGGGAUGACUCGGCUGAUGACUCGACCGAUUCUCUAGAUGGUGAGUCCGACGGCAUCGACCAGUCUCUUUCUCGCCAGAAGAUGAAGGACCUGAGAAGUCUCAAGAAGAAGUACAAACAGGAAGAGGAAGAUGAGCGCGAGCACCUAAAGAGAAUCGAGGAGAAAUACCAGCUGAGAAAGGAACAGCUAGAGGAGGACAUCAAGCAGCUCCAGGGGCAGCUUGAGGACGAGUUGCGAAAGCUGGACAAACUGGAGCUUGAUCAACAACAAGUCCGGUCAUUUCAUGGACCUAGGUGUUUGCGAUUUGUAGAGGGUGACGUGUUCACAGUGGUUUCUACCAGCAUCGUCGUCCUGAACGUUCUGGCGCUAAUCAAGGAGAUGACCGAUGAACGGUACAAGGACAUCUUCUUCUGGGUUGACCAGGCUUUUCUGGUUUUCUACAUCGUGGAACUGGUGCUCCGAGGUCUUCUUUUGCAGAAAGAUCUGCUUUUAGGACCGUUGCGAGAAGUGUGGUGGAAUUGGCUUGAUGUCUUCAUCGUCCUUGCUGGAAUUUAUGAUCAAUGGAUCCUGACUGCCAUGAACCAGACCAGCUCACUUCUUGUCAGCGCAGUUCGAAUCUUGCGCCUUCUGCGCUUGAUCCGACUCGCAAAAGUGGUGCGGGCAUUCCUGAAGUCUGAGCUUGAAUGGGUAGAGGAAGACUGUUUUCAAGGCUUCAUCUUAAGUGCCAUCUUGGUAAACAGCUUACUGCUGGGAGUCCAAACCGAUUGGCCUGACUUCUUCCUAUGGAACGCACUUGAAGAAGUGCUGCUGGUGGUCUUCCUUUUCGAGCUGCUCGUCCGUGUCAAGCUGCACAAGUGGAGGUUCUUCACGGAUCCCAGUGAAGUCCCCUGGAACCUGCUGGACACCAUCAUUGUAGUUGCUGCGGUGGUCGACCAGUGGAUGCUCCCCAUCUUCAGCUUCGCUUCUGCUCUGAUAGGUGGCAAGCCAGAAUGGGGUACUGAUUCGAGUGAGGACAUGGGAUCUAUCUUCCUGCUGCUGCGAAUGGCCAGACUCUUCCGCAUCCUGCGGCUGGCACGCUUGAUUCACAGCCUGCCGCCACUUUAUAAUUUGGUGCUCGGCGUUGCAUAUGCAAUGCAAGGCAUGUUUUGGGUUUUGGUGCUCACAGUCCUCCUCCUCUACAUUUGUGCAAUACUCGCCGUCUUGCUCAUCGAGAAGGGGCUACUGUUCUCAGAUGGCCGGCCACCAGCAAACUUGAAAGGGAUCUUCUCUGGCGUCUUUGAGUCCAUGUUCGUCCUUUUCUUGGUCAUGAAUGGCGACUUUGAUUCGGUACAAGAGAUUCUGGAUGCGAUUCCAUCCACGCAGCUAGCGUGUGCUCUGUUCAUGAUCCUCUCAAACUGGGCCAUUCUUGCCAUCUUCACAGCAGUGGUGAGUGAGAACAUGAUUACCACCGUAGAGGACAGGCGAAGAGAAAAUGACGAUGUGGAGAAUAAAGACAAGACAGAUCGAUCGGUUGUGAAGCUAACUGAGCUCUUCAAUGACAUGGACAAGAGGGAGCAAGGCUUGAUCUAUGCAUCGGAAUUCGACAGGAUCUUAAGCGAUGAAGACCAGGAGGCCGAACUGUGCGAUGCUGCUGGAAUCUCAAGUAACGACCUGAAUGAUUUGACGAAACUGUUAAGCCAUUCUCCAGCAGAUGGCGGCGAAGCCUAUAUAUUAGAAGAAGAUUUCCUUACAGGCCUAAAGAAACAGAAUGACGUCGCAAACGAGCGCUCCAUGAUGCGGCUCGAGAAGAAGAUCAUGGCGCUGGAAGACAAGCUCCGGCACUGGAUGCAGCAACAGGCAGUGCCGUCACAACAAGGACGGCCCCAAAGUCCCCAAGGACGGAUGCAAAUGCGAACCUGA